AUGGCGGAACCUACGAUUGACUCAUCAAGCACUUUCCAUUGCUUUCCUCAGCUUCCAGUAGAGCUGCGACUACCCAUCUGGGAGCUAGCUCGAGAUGCUCUUCCAGGUCGUGUCAUCGAGCUUAUCGAAGAGCUCGUAACCUUUGAUGGCUUUGAGGGCAGGUGGUUAAACGACAUGGAUGCUGAGCGAUUCGUCAUAAGCAGAAGCGGAGAAGAGGGUUGUCGAAGCACACCGGAACAAACAUUUUUCACGGUCAGAGAUAGUUCUGUAAGCCUGCUAUCCGUAAGCCGCGAAUCUCGGCACUGUACUCUGAAUAAUUAUUACAACUUGUUCAGAGAUGGAGUGAAUGGCAGUGUACCAUCUGUUCCAUUCGACUUCGAUAAAGAUGUGCUUUACUUGAGGGCGGCCUCUCAUUGCACUUCGCACUUUCUGGUGAAUGAACCGAAAUUGUUGGCGGGGAACGUUAAAUUCUUAGCAUCAAUUUUUGUAAUGCCAAGUUUGAUGGACACUUUAUGUCUGCAGAACGUGGGAGAGUUAGGAAGUGUAGAGACCAUCUUCAUUUUAAUGGAGGCGGCGUGGGAAGGCGACUUGGCGAUAUACAAACAGUAUUGGACUGAUUUACUCCCUCAAUACCACUUGUCUCCGAUCAAAGACAGCGACGGUCUCGCUAGUCUGAUACGAGACCCGGAUUGGAAGAUUGAUCACCAAAAGUGUUGGAGAAGCGAAGACACCUCUGAGAGCUGCAAGCGUGCUACUAGCAGAUGA